GCGAAUCUUACUCGAUAAUUUUCUUGUUGCUUUCGCAUGCAAAUUUUUCGUGAAGUUAAUCGGGCAUAGAGAUAGCGAGCGGGGAAAUGGCGAACAGAAGAAAACUUUAAAUACAUUAAACCUAUACUCAAUUUAAAUUAACAAUCUAAUCAAAAGUAAAAUCAAUGUCCAGAUGUCAAUAUUGUCAAUAUGUAAAACUACCGAACCCUUUUUUACUAAUCGGCACCGUUUGAAAUAGGCACCGUUUUACUAGAAAAAAAAACAAAAACAACGAUGACACUUUUUAUGCUGAUCAAUUUUGACGGGAAAUUAAAAAUGAAGGAGUUAUCGAAGCUCAAAGAGUUUAAAGUAAAAUUAAAGUGGCGUUAGUAUCAGAGUGGAGUUAUGGACAGACAAACAUUUGAAAUACAAUGGAUAGAAGGAAAUCCUGAAGACUUGAAAACUGCCGGUGGACAGUUGAUCGUGAAACCACAAGUUCCAUCCGAAGAAGAGCUACUUGCUAAUGGUGUCGUUGGUGAAAGUCGUGCCACCUAUCACCUAGUCUCUGGCACCGAUGAUAAUGAUGGAAAUGUUCCAAACGAGGUUGAUAUCGAUCAAAUAGCGGCUGAAAAUUUAAUCUUCAUGGCACGCGAUGGGCAAAUGGUAACGGAGAUUAUUGGUGACACUACUGACGAUAAUGGUGCCGUUGUUGUAGCCGCAACUGCUGGCAUUGAUUGUGCCGAGGCAUUGCAACAAGCAGCGGCGGCAGUUUUAGCUUCCAAUGGAUUAACCCAUGUGCAGGAAGAUACCGGUGGAGGAUUUGUUGAAAAUUAUGUCGACAAUACACCACAAAUGGUAACCGAAGAAGUGAUAACAGAUGACUGGGUACAACAUCAGGGCGAGGAACGUGUGGAAAUACCAGCAGAUCAGAUAAUUUGUUCUGGUUCGCAGGUUAUGCUUGAUAUGGAAGUACCUCUACCCACUGUGCAGGAUGAAUACACAGCGCUCCGGCCCUACCCAUGUGAUUUUUGCAGCAGACGCUUUCGUAAGAAGACAAGUUUGAUGAAUCACAUUGUUGCACACCAGAACGAUAGACCACAUCUGUGCAAAUUGUGCACGUCACGCUUUUUUCGUCGGUCUGAUUUGAUAAAUCAUUUAAAAGAACAUGCCGACGCACCAGAUCCUGAAUUGGAUGCAGAAUUUAUGAACUUUGUGGAGCAGGAACAACAACAAGCACGGCAGCCUAUUGAUCAUUACUACGAACAGGACUGGACUACACAAAUUAAUUCAUUGCAACGUAGCGCUAAAUCAGUGCGCAAACCGCAUAAUGCUAGCGGUAACAGCUCAUCUACCUCAACCUCGACGACAGUGGGACGCGGACGUAUUAGUCGGUUAAAGCCAAAAGAAGAAAGCUAUGUCCUGAAUGAGCCUCUGCCAAAUGAUCUGGAAGAGGCGGUGAACGCAAACAUAACUGCUGCCGCUUACGAAGACUGUCAGCAACUUCAAGCAUCCACUGCUGUGGUAAAGUUCAGCCAAAACCAAUCGCCAACACCUCAAGAGAGAUUUCCUGUUAUCGAUGAGAGUAAACCGUUUGUCUGCCAACAAUGCGGUUUGGCAUUUGCGCGCGAGAAGGCAUUGCUCGCACAUACAAAGAAUCAUCGUGACGAUCAGCCGCAUGAGUGCAGUCAGUGUAAUGAGAUGUUUUGGGAUGCAGCCAAUCUCCAGGAGCACCUAAAAACGCAUCAGUUCGAAGACAGCAAUUCAGAGUAUGAUCCAGAUGAAGCGGAAGGGGAGGACACGCAAAGUGAAUCGGAAUCGGAGCGUUUGCAUGGCGAAUUCUACUGCAGCGAAUGUGGCAUGUCUUUUCACCGCGAAGAUUUGCUUCGCAGACACUCCAAAACCCACACAAAAACCAGAGCUGAAGCUGACAUGGAGAAUGACAAAGACCGACAUUGUUGCAACACUUGUGGCGAAACAUUUGCCGAAGCGUUGGAUCUAUUGGCACACGCUGAAAUUCAUGCGCGCUAUCCACCAUUUAAAUGUGUUCUAUGUGGCGAAACGUUUUUUGAGGAGCUGACAAUCAAGCGUCACUUGCAGACUCUACACCCACACGAUAUGACGCCCAACUCGUGCAUCCUCUGUGGCAAAGAGUGCCGCGAUCGCAAGGCUUUAAUAAAACAUGCAUGGGAUCAUUCACGCGAAAAAUGCCACUCCUGUUCAAAAUGUGGCAAAAACUUUCACAAUAAAGCGCGUUUGAAGCGACAUAUGGCCUCUCAUCGUGACAAGUCUGUGAUCUGUGAUGUCUGCCACGAAGAGUUUCCUGAUGGGCGCAGUCUUUCCAAUCACCGCCACUCGCAUACUAACUCUUCGGGCAAAAUGUUUCCAUGUCAUGAGUGCGGCAAAACGUUUGGUUCACGGAGCUCGCAACAAAUACAUGUACGCAUACACACCGGCGAAAGGCCAUACGGUUGUCGUUUCUGUUGGAAGGCUUUCGCCGAUGGCGGAACGCUGCGCAAACACGAACGCAUUCACACGGGCGAGAAACCCUACGCCUGCUCAGUGUGCUCGCGUGCAUUCAACCAACGUGUGGUGCUACGCGAACAUAUACGAUCACAUCACUCGGGCUUGGAUGCGAAACGCAACACUUACUACUGCACAGUUUGCUCCAUGGAGAUGUCGUCCUCAAGUGACCUGGUGCAGCAUCUAAUACAACAUAGCGAUAUGAAUACGGCUAUGCAGCGACAGCCGGUGACCGGCCCACGUAAGUACAAACGGCGGCGAAAGCUGAAACCGCACGAAAUCGCGCGCUUACGCAGUGAGAGUCAGCAAAAUGCCAAUGGCAGUGACAUUGAAAUCUCAGAUAUGGACCUUGAUAUGGACAAUGUGGAUGAUCUGUUAGGCAUUGCAGAUCCCCCUGCUGCUACCAAGUUAACUUCAAAAGCAAAGCGUGGAAAAGCUAAAAGCAGCGUUGAGAAAUCGUUGAUGAACGAAGUCAUUUUGCCUGAUAAUGACCUGCUUAUGGAACGGUCUAGAAAGCCGCGCUAUAAAUCAACUGGCAGCAACUCGGACACAUUAUGGCAAACGAAGCUCAUCAACUCCAACUCCUUGCUAUCGAAUUUAGAAAACACUUUGCAAAGCAUCGACACGCUCGUGGUGGGGUCUUCACAUGCGGAUACCGAGGAACGCAGGUCGCGGUACAGAUCGGGUGGCGAGCUGAAUAGUGGUGGCUCGCAGCGCACGCAGGAAGUACAUAUUAACAAGAACUAUAGCGCCAACAAAGAACGCAAACGACCUGAAAAAACUUCGUCAUCCAAAGUAACGCGUCCGCGCAUGAUUCAUACCGAAAAGUGGUCUGUCGGCAGUAAUGAAGGUGGGCGUAAACGCUCUAAGGCGAUUGUAACGCAAAAAGAAAAUAGUGGCCUGGAUUUGUUGCGCCCAUCCACAACAAUCGUCGACGACUACGAAAUUAUUUCACCAGCCACUGAGUUGCCCAAACAGAUCAGCUCGAGCCCGCCACGCAUCAAGGAAGAGGGUGCCGAAAAUUACCAACAUCAGCAGCAUCACCAGCAGCGUACACACUACAACACACAUCGCACGAGCUCGUCACGGAAUAUCGAUCUGUAUGACACACAUUUUCUUGGUGGCACCGCCAUGCUGCGCAAAGAAGCCUAUGAGAAAUUCAAUCCCAGCAUAGUUAACGAUCUGGAAGAUAUUUUGCGUUCACCUAUUAAAUGCGAUCGCACCGAGCGCCACCGCUUCAUUAGUGAAUCAUCCACGCAAUUCCUCGAAGAGGAGCAACAUAAUAUGAUUAAAAUCGAACCAACAUCGCCAGAUUUGCGCGAGAUUGUGGUUGGUGCCAGCGCCACUGCUGGCGUGGGUGUAAGCAGUGGAAGCGCCAGCGGCAGCAGCAACGAACGCCGCCACACACGCACUGUGCGCCAUCGUACCGGUACUAUGAAUCGAAAAUACCUCGAGUUUGAGCCUGAUUUGCCAGUGAAUGGUGCAUCGCGUGCACAAAAGCGUAGUACGCCAACCGAGAGUAGUAAUGGCAGCAGUUCGAAGAAUAGAAAAGCCAGGAACAACAGAAGGGAUAAACGCGAAAGUUCCAUGAAUAGCCAAAGAACCCCCAUAUAUUCUUCCUCCUAUAGCAUAGAUGGUUUCUCCAAAUCAAAUGGCAGCGGCUCACUUACGACCAACAACGAUUCAUCUUUCUCUUCACUGUCGCCGACUGAUGGCGUCACUUCGGUUGCGACCACCACAGCGGUAUCAGCCUCAUCAUCCACUGCACCAGCGGCUGCAGAGCAGCCCGAGCGCAAACAACGUUAUUUUGAGUGCGAGAUGUGUUCGGCCGUCUUUCCAGACCGAGCACAGCUGCUGGAUCAUGUACCUAUUCACAUAUAAGGCUUCCGAGUGCUCACUUGAUACCGAUUUAAGCCAGGAUGGAAUAGUGUAUCAAUGGGUUGUUACUGUUGUAUUUGACUUUGCCCCAAUGUCCAAAUGAUUUUCAUUUGACUAAUGACCUAUCUCCAACUGUAUUUUUAAAGCAACUUUAGUUAGUAAGUAAGAGCUGCUAAUUUAAUUUCUUCAUUUGGUAUGAAAAGUAUUUAAAGAGAUUUUAUAGAAUUAUCUAUGUGUAACUAAGCUAUUACUACCACGUAAAAUAGUGUUAAAAUACCGUAAUGUAGUUUGUAGUUAGCAAAACAAAAGUCCCACACCUACCUUACUUACACUUAAACGAACUUUAUUAUAUAAAUUUUUAUAUAUACAAAAUACAUAUAUGUAUGUAUGUAAAAUAGCGCGAAAGCAAACUCUGAAACCUAAAAUGGCUAAUAUAUUUGAAAAAUAAACAGUUGAAAU